AUGGUCAUCGGCCUCAUGGCCGGCGCCGUCGUCCUUGCCUCCGUGUCCAUCGGCUGGGCGCAGGGGAGGUGGAGGCGGGACGGCAGGAUCAGGAGGCGCGACGACGCGGAGCGGGACGAGAUGCUCGAGUCGUCGGCCGACGACGGCCAGGACGCGUCGUCGUCGGAGGGCAGGCUCGUGGUCUUCGAGGGCGGCGAGCACCUCACGCUGGAGGAGGUGCUCAACGCGACGGGGCAGGUGGUGGACAAGGCCAGCUACUGCACGGUGUACAAGGCGAAACUGGCGAGCGGCGGCGGCAGCAUCGAGCUGCGGCUGCUGCGAGAGGGCAGGUGCAAGGACGCCGCGUCGUGCGCGCCCGUGGUGCGCCGCAUCGGCCGCGCGCGCCACGACAACCUGGUGCCGCUCAGGGCCUUCUACCAGGGGAGGCGCGGCGAGAAGCUGCUGGUGUACGACUACUUCCCCGCAGCAGGACGUUGCAGGAGCUCCUGCACGGCGGCGGGCGGCGAGCCCGCGGCGGGGCGGCCGGCGCUCACCUGGGCGCGGCGGCACAAGAUCGCGCUGGGCGCGGCGCGCGCGCUGGCGUACCUGCACGCGGGGCAGGGCGAGGCGCACGGGAACUUGCGCUCGUCCAACGUGGUGGUGGACGACCUCUUCGUGGCGCGCCUGGCGGAGUACGCCGUGGACCGGCUGCUGGUGCCGGCGGCGGCGGAGGCGGUGCUGGCGGCGGCCAAGGCGGACGGCUACAAGGCACCGGAGCUGCACUCCAUGAAGAAGUGCAGCGCGCGCACGGACGUGUACGCGUUCGGGAUCCUGCUGCUGGAGCUGCUGAUGGGGAGGAAGCCGUCGUCGUCUUCUGCAGGUGGAACCGGAAAUGGAAGGGCGAUGGACCUGCCGUCGGUGGUGAAGGUGGCGGUGCUGGAGGAGACGGCGCUGGAGGAGGUGCUGGACGCGGAGGUGGUGAAGGGGCUGCGGGUGAGUCCGGCGGAGGAGGGGCUGGUGCAGGCGCUGAAGCUGGCGAUGGGCUGCUGCGCGCCGGUGGCGGCGGCGAGGCCGAGCAUGGCGGAGGUGGUGCGGCAGCUGGAGGAGAGCCGCCCCAAGAACCUCCACCCGCGGUCGGCGCUGUACAGCCCCACGGAGAGCAGGAGCGAUGCCGGCACGCCGACCACCACCUAG